GAUGGUCUCGGGAGCAAAAAGGGGAGGAGAGCAAGCAGCGAUCAAUUCGUCAUUUAUAUUUUUGUUUUGUUCAUAGCACACACCGGACGUUCGUUUUCUUUGCUUUUCUGUCCGCUACACGCUCUGUAAAGUGUAAACGAGAAAAGUAAGCUCAAAGGAAAUUACGUUACCAUUACCAGUGCGCGUUUGAGCAGACGGUGGGUACUUUCGAAACGUGCCAACAGUAAAGCUUUCCGUUUUCGUAAAACGCACUGAAAGGAAGGUGGAUAAUCGAUAGCAAAGUUACAGCACGGUUCAGCGCGUUCGCAGUUCAAACGUUCGCAUUCGAUAGUGGUGUCUGCCUGCUUGGUGGCAGUUGCACGCACGUGUCGAAGAUCUCAUCACUUUUCCGUCGCCGUCAUGUCGCAAAUGGGGCGUGCUGUGAAGAACCUAGAACCACCUCGUCCUUUGAAGUCGACUCUGAAACAGUCUCACGUUCAUUUGCCCGUAUACGAGGUCCAGUCCAUCGAGGAACUGAUAACUUUGACAGAGAACGUUGCCGCGAGCCUUGUCAAUGGUUGCAAUAACGCCGAUGGUGUGAAUGCGCUCCUUGCCAAUCUGAGGCUCCAUGGGCCCCAGUUGGAAAACGUAUCGAAGGAUACGCUGGACCGCGCAUUGGUCAUUUUUCGAAAUGCGUCUCAAGACGAACGGCUAAAUAUAAUGACGCGAUUGAAUCUGUUACAACUAAUAGAGCUGCGCGCCAAAUCCUGGCAGGUGUCUGACGGUGCAAACACCUACUACAAGCAUAAGGCUACAAAUGUGGAGCCCGACAUUCUGGCCGAUCCGAAUCUGCUGGGAUCCUCCCCUCCCAUGGGCCAGUCAGUGGUACCAGCGUUAGCACCGGGUGAACUGAUACGAACCUCUGGAAAGUUCCCGAAGCCUACCAAAAUACCCGGCAAAACUUACUCGAAAGAUGAAAUUGUUAUUCGCAAUGCAGAUUCAGGAAAAGUAAUGGGAAUCAAGGGACGUAGAGUUCAUAUGAUUGAAGAACUGUCGGAAACGGUUAUUUCGUUCCAAAGAGUUGCUACCGGGGCAAAAGAGCGGCUGGUGCAAAUAACAGGCCCCAAUGAAGAGAAAAUCAACUAUGCGAAACAGUUGAUCGAGGAUACUAUUCGUCGCAAUGCGUCUCCCGUAAGAUUGGAUAAUUCUCAGGAUGGAUCCUGCAGUUCUUUGGCUUCAUCUGCUUCGGAUGAAACGGUCCCGAGAAAGGAUACAGGAUCAAAUCCUAGGAACACCUUAGUUGGAGGAAUGGCUGAAAUGGCAUCUAAUAAUGGUACGAAUGGUAUAAUUUCUCACAUAUCGAAUCAACAGUUUAUAACAAAAGGUUCCAUGACAGGUACACUAAGUCUUAAUAUCAGUGGCUUUUCACAAACACCGCCCUCAUACACGCAUCCGAAGCUCACUCGCAAUGGGUCUCAAAAUAGUGGCCAACGAAAUAGUGCUGCUGCAAAUGGAGGAAUGCUGCUGCAUAGCUUCUCUACUAAUGAUGCAUCACUAGGAGAGUACAAAUAUACUGUAGGCGUAGGCCAGCACAAUCUAAAGAUAACUGGCGAUUGUUUGGAGCUUGUGAAGGUUGCAAAGCUAGUCCUCGAUGACUACUUUAGCAGUAAUGAGUUUCUGGCCUCAGUAGACAUGUGCUCAAGCUUCGAUGUACCGAACACUCUUGCGUCCCCUGUCGGGACAUUGUCCGGUCAACAUUCACUAAUUACAGGUACACCCUUCGUUGACAGUGGCGUUGGUUUAAAUAACAUGGGCACUGCUAUUGGCGAAGUAACCAAUAGCAUAGAUUUGGACGACGAUGUUUUUAUUGUUGAUGCCGGGGCAUCUGGCUUCAAGUCGAAUGAAGUUCAGGCAAACAACACACACAUUUCGACAAAUAAUGGCCUGAGCCGGUCUCGUCGGAGUCAUUUUUCACGUAAAGACAGUGAAGGAGAUGGACUAAAAGAAACCACUACGGGGACGGCCAAGUCCGAUUCCAACCCGGUGAAAAGAAUCGAAUAUGAACGGCUGAUUUAUUAUUCAAAGUCACCCUAUUCGUGGGAGUUGCCUGCAGACUGGAAACGUAUAUGUGAAACUCUUCCUUAUUUGGUGAAAAAUAAGGAUAUCGAAAAUAAAAAAAAUCGGUUUAAUGGUGACCAAUUUCUGGAAAUGAAAAAGAUGGCAACUAAAGACAUCAAUUUGCCAGGAGGCAAUACUACCGAUGGAGGCGAUGGCGAACUAAUUGUUGAUGGAGCACGUGCCUCUUCUGCUGGUGCCGAAGAGAAUAGCUCUAAUGCAAUACAGGUAGAAAAGGUCACUGGGUAGAACCGGAAUGAAGAAAUAUAAAAAUGGAAGAGAAAUAACGGACGCAGUUAAGAAGAAAUGAACUGCAUAGAUUAUGAAGCAGUUUGAUCGACAAUACGCAGAGACCAUCUGCAGUUGUCAAUUCGAGAAGUUUACGAAAACUUUACCUUAAUCAUAUGACAAUUUCUAACCAUUCGAUUACGUCCUUGCAAGAAUUUAAUUUAGUUGCUAAUGCUAUUCGUCAACUAACUAUUGAACCCUGAAUGAGAUUAGAUUUUUUUUCUUAUUGAAGACUAAUUUAUUGCAAGAUCUAGGUAAAUCUUCUAUACUUUUGUCAUUACAGAUCAUUUUCUAUCGUUUUUUUUGGCUGGCUUUAAGCAAAACGAAUAAACUGAUUUGACAAUUAUCAAUAAAGAUAUUUAUGUCAAACUGUAUUCGCAAAUUUACGCUGUCCACCGAUGAUAUUACGAGCUCUGUAAUGAAGUAACAAGCCCGUAAAGAAGUGAUAUUUUCGAAACGUGGUUAUAUAACCCAAAAAACCCGCUACUGAAUGCAAAAGAACAUAAGCAGCGAACGUGAUAUAUCGCAGACCAUACGUGUACUGACACUAAUUUAUCUAUUUAUCCUUCAGCAGAAAGGAAUCCAUAGAGUUAUGGAAUUACUCAUCCGUAGGAAGAUAUACAUAACAGCAAUAACAAACUGAAUGUGUAUUAUUAAUUUUCUAGUCUCAGCGAUACAAGGAAUAUCGCUUGUCGACUCAUACACAUAUCUAUUCGUUCGUAUCCCAAAGCAAUCAUUUUUUAUUUCCGAAUUUCUCAUUAUGAAUCUUUGGGCUGUUAUUUGAUUUAGUAAUCCGUUGGUUUCUCGUUAACCGAAACUUUCGCAACAAUUUAAUUUCUUUUAUUUAUUGAUUAGUUAUACCCUUAUAAGACUUGUUUUUGUUUUGUUGUAUCUAAAACAAUCUGAUUUUUGUAUCGCAUGCUGCAUUGGGUAAUAUCUGUUUAAAGCAACAAAUAAUCCAUCAGUAUACGUAACUUUCAUUUCAUUUGAUCUUUAACGCUUUGGCAUACAGUCAGCCGUGCGAAAAAUAGAGGUGAUUUAUGCGUUAAUUUCAUUUAUCAUUAUACCAAUGUAUUCUAACGAAAGCUAUGAAUAAUAAAAACAU